CAGGACCGAGUAUUGAGCGGACGGUGAGGGCUCGGAGCGAUAUAUCUCGCAGUGUGCGGCGCGGUACAAGCGUUCCUGCAGCUAACCUGUAGGACUGUACAGUGUACAUCCUGGUGACGAUAUGUGCAAGAUGGACGUGACUCGGCUGAUAGGACUGGUGCGGGUGAGGAGGGCGAUCUGGGAUCAGAAGGACUACAACUACAAAAACCGGGACGUCGUGAAACUCCUGUGGGACGAAGUGGCGGCAGAGCUGGACCGACCUUUGGACAAGGUUAGAAAACGAUGGAAGAACCUGAGAGACAUGUUCCGCAAUGAGAUCAAGAAGAUUCUUCUAGAAGCCGGGGACAGUCUUCCGGAGGAGUUCGUCUCCACGUGGACUCACUUCGAGGACAUGGUAUUCCUGAAGGACCAGAUCGUGACCAAGAAGACUCUGAGGAACCUGAAUAUCACCGGCGUGGACUUGAACGAUUCGGACGACGAAGAACUCGUGGAGAUCCCCGUGUCUCCGGUCAACUUCGAGGAGGACGACGAGGAAGUGAAUGGGGGAGAACCCCUGGACGGUCUGGCUUCCAUGGAAGUUCCCCAGAAUCUGUCUGAAAUCAUCCCUUCCGAAUAUCAAAAGUUAGACCAUUUCCUCAAGCCCUCCGUUCCUCCGAGGAAACGGAAAAGGGAGCCCGAGUACAUGAACGGUUACUACCAGCAGAGUCUCCAGGUGGACGACGACUACCACUUCCUGGUCAGCUUUCUCCCCUCCAUGAAGCAGAUGCCCCUGCAGACCAAGAUGUGGUUCAGACUGAAGAUGCAGGAGUUGCUCUACUCCUGUACUGUCAGCGAGGUCACCUCUGUGUAUGGACUCGGCGCUGCCAUUGAUAUGACAGAGAGUAAACCACCAUGUAACCCCGAAUAAAGUGGUCUGAAAAGGUGUCAAAGGUGCUACUCGUCAAACGUCUUUCAUCAAGUUCUUGUUUACUUUAUUUUUGUUGAAUUUGAAAAACCAGUCGUGAUGUAAUCUGAUUUUAAAUUUUAGUGUUUUUAUUGUUAAAUAAUAUAUUGUUAGAUCGCAUCGCUUUAUAACAGGACACCCAUUGCAGUAAGUUACAUUGAAGUUCUCACUUAAUUUUUCUGGACUUUUAGAUUUUAAAUUUACCGUAAGGAAAAAACUCCAAUACAGUGUAAUCUUUCAUUAGUUAAAACCCAUGUUCUUUAACGCUAACAAAAUUUCCAAACAAUAAAUCUUCUUUUACGACAACAUAUCAAAAUCUCAAUAAAGGCUCACAGUAAAUUUUACGUGGUACAGCAAAACAAUCCAUAAAUUAUUGAACUGUCUACAGUGAACUAACCAGUGAUAUUCUCCUCUUUAUACUUACUUUUAACAUUUGAUGCUGUAUUUGGCUAUAUAGUUAUGGGUGAAUUUGUACUAGUGAUGUGUAAGACUGAGUGUAAAGUAAAAUUUACUUUUGUAAAAUUUUUAGAAUCUCUAGUUUUGUAUAUAUUAGUGUAUCUACCAUAAAGAAGAAAGUCGCUAUUUGUACAUAAUAAAUAAUAGUUAUUACAGUCCAGA